AUGUCAGAUUCUAACACAACCUACUUCACCAACCCGUCCAUCUUCAUUCUGCUGGGCAUCCCUGGCCUGGAGGCAGCCCAUGGGUGGAUCUCCAUCCCCUUCUGUGUCAUGUACAUUGUAGCCAUUUUGGGGAACAUCACCAUUCUGUACAUCGUGAAGAGGGAGCAGAGCCUCCAUGAGCCCAUGUACUAUUUCCUCUGCAUGCUGGCCGUCACUGAUCUGGUCCUGUCCACGUCCAUUGUGCCCAAAACACUGAGCAUCUUCUGGUUCAAUUCUAGAGAGAUCGCUUUUGCUGCUUGCUUUACCCAGCUGUACCUCAUUCACUGCUUUUUAGUGAUAGAGUCUGGGAUCUUCGUGGCCAUGGCUUUUGAUCGCUACGUGGCCAUAUGCGAUCCCCUGAGACAUUCCACUAUCCUGACAAAUUCCAUUGUAGCCAAGAUCUGCGUGGCCGUGGUGCUGCGCGGCUUCAUGAUAAUACUUCCCAUUCCCAUCAUGGGGAGUCGGUGGCCAUACUGCAGAAGCAACAUCAUCCCCCACUCGUACUGCAAGCAUUUUUCUGUGGUGUCCCUGGCCUGUGCCGACAUACGCCCCAGUAGUUACUACAGCGUCUCUGUGACAUUCAUUGUGCCCAGUGUGGAUGGGUUUUUAAUUGCCGUGUCCUACAUCCAGAUUUUCAGGGCCAUCUUCCGACUGCCCACAAAGGACGCUCGGCUCAAGGCAUUUGGGACCUGUGGGUCUCAUCUCUGCGCCCUCUCAACCUUGUACAUCCCCGAUCUCUUUGUCUCCCUCAUGCAGAGGGUUGGUUCUAAUGUGCCCCUGCCUGUGCUCAUCCUCAUGUCCAAUAUAGUCAUAGAGUCGUAG